AUGGCAGAUGCAGAUGAUGAUAUAGCUGUUGAACAACAGCAACAGUCGUCACCACCACAACAACAGAUGAACACUUCAAGUGGCAGUGUGCCGCAGACACCUACCUCACCAACAUUGCAACCAUCUUCAACAACAACAACAACAACAUCAUCUACACCAACAAGCGAGAAGAAAGACUCAGUGAUUAUAUACUUUAAGAACGCUGGUAGUGCACCAGCAUUGAAACAGAAGAAGUUCAAGCUGCAGGCUACACUAUCAUUCCAACAUGUGAUCGACAAUCUACGUAAACAACUGAAACUCAAGUCAUCUGAACCUUUAUUCUUAUUCGUGAAUCAAAUAUUCCAACCAUCACCAGAUGAGUGUCUUGGAGACCUGUUUAAGUGCUUCAGUGUCAAUGAUCAACUGGUUAUAAACUAUUCAAGUGCACCAGCCUGGGGAUAA